CAGACACCUUGGGAUCCGGAUCCGGCAGUUCACUCGUCGCCGUUGCGUCAGUUCGUUCGACACUCAGCUCAGCUCACAGCUCACAGUACCGUUUACAGUUUUACAGUUCGUACGCUCACAGCUCGCACAGUUUACCGUUAAAUAGCCGCUCUAGCUCCGCAGCAGCAGCGCAGUUAGUUCGAGAAUUCGAUUCGGCCGCGCCGCCAUUUGCGUUUUUUUGUUGUUGUUUCUUCAAAAAGUGACUAAAGGCCACAAAAAGCAAAAGCAAAACAAGUGGAAAGUGUGUAGAGAAGCGGAUAAAGAAGAAGAUAACAAGAAGUUCUAAAAGAAGAAGUUCUUAAAAAAAGAAAAGUGCAAACGAAGAAGAAGAAGAAGUCAAAAAGGAGAAGGCGAAAUCAAAAGAAUUAACCAAAGAAUUCUAGCGGUUUAAUUAUAUACCAAAGUAUAACUCUUUUUUUUGGCCCAAUUGACACCAAAAAUAAACAAACAAAAAACCACUAAAGUAACAACAAGGACAACAAAAAAACAACCCAUCCGAUUAAAAGUUUCGAAAUUAAAGCUCUUAACUUAAGACAACAGGGAAAAAGUUUUUUUUUCGAGAACGUAAAUUAAAAAAAAAAAAAAAAAAGAAAUGCUAACGCGACACCAAUAAAAAUUCAACAACCAUCGCUCGCUAAACGUUUUUUUUGCCCCGGGUCAACAGCAGCAGCAGACUUAAGCCAAAAGUUUCGAUCCAGCAAAAAUUCUGGCUAAAACAAAGAAAAUUAAAAAAUAAUUAUAAAAUAUAAUUAAAAAAGAAACGAAAUCAAAUACCAACGUGAAAUCCAUCAAGGACAUGAGGUAAUCAAGUAAUUGAGCGCGCAAAAUUCAAAAAGUCAUCAUUCCACACGUAACACGUAACCAGCACAAAAAAGAAAACCAAACAAAACAAAAAGUAAAAGCAACAAAAAUAUUAAAAAAAAAAAAGAGUUAAAGCAGGAGUUAAACGAAGACGAGCUACAAAAACAUCAAAACAUAAAACAACAUAAGCAAAAAAGGGAUAUAUAAACCACCGAUUUCCGAUUUCUUUUUCGGAUUCGCGUUUCCAAAUCGCCAAUUUGAAAUUCUAAAGUGUUCUUUCUGCAACAGUUUUCGGUUUCUGCUCCCCGUAUUUCGUUAUAUUUAGGCGUAUAUAUAUAUAUAAUAUAUAUAACCGACUCGCGUAACAUAACACAGCACAUAAUAUAUAUAUAUCAAAUAUAUAAUAUAUAUACGUACGAAAGAGCCCCCCUACAUCAUCCAAAAACCGAGUACAAUGGCAUCCGAACUGGACCAAUUCGCCGACCUGGAACUAUCGAAGGAGGAUCGCGAACAGAUCUUCGAUCCACCUUUGGAUCGACAGCAGUUGGAAGGUGCUGGCACCUCAAGUGUUACGACAUCAAAAAUCUUAAUAAGCGGCAUACCGAUGCAAACACGAUUCGAAGACAUCGAACCGCUACUGAAGCCCUAUGGCAUCGUCAAACAGUGUGAGGCUAUUUCUAGUAAGGAUCAAAAUACUCAAACAGUACAUAUAACAUUCGAAAAUCCUGAGCAGGCGCAAAGAGCUGCUGGUGGUCUGAACGGUGUCGAGUUCGAGGGCAGCAAGCUGCAUGCCGAGCAGCUGGAUAAGAAUCAGCGGCGCAGCCAGCGCAACCAACGCAACCCGUAUCCGGGAAUGCCCGGCCCCGGCAGACAGGCGGAUUUCCCGCUGCGUAUUCUUGUCCAAAGCGAGAUGGUGGGCGCCAUUAUUGGCCGCCAAGGCAGCACCAUAAGGACGAUCACACAACAGAGCCGUGCUCGGGUCGACGUCCAUCGCAAGGAGAAUGUGGGCUCGCUGGAGAAAUCAAUAACGAUCUAUGGCAAUCCAGAGAAUUGCACCAAUGCCUGCAAGCGCAUCCUGGAGGUGAUGCAGCAGGAGGCUCUAUCCACGAAUAAGGGUGAAAUUUGCCUAAAGAUACUCGCUCACAACAAUUUGAUUGGACGUAUCAUUGGCAAAUCGGGAAAUACCAUUAAACGGAUCAUGCAGGAUACCGAUACUAAGAUCACCGUUAGCUCGAUCAAUGACAUCAACAGCUUCAAUUUGGAGCGCAUCAUUACAGUGAAGGGUCUAAUUGAGAAUAUGUCACGUGCCGAAAAUCAAAUCAGCACCAAACUCCGCCAGAGCUAUGAGAAUGAUCUACAGGCGAUGGCACCGCAGAGCCUCAUGUUUCCUGGCCUCCAUCCCAUGGCAAUGAUGUCGACACCGGGCAACGGCAUGGUCUUUAAUACGAGCAUGCCGUUCCCCUCGUGUCAAAGCUUUGCCAUGUCCAAGACACCGGCCAGCGUUGUGCCGCCAGUUUUUCCAAAUGACCUACAGGAGACCACCUAUCUCUAUAUACCGAAUAAUGCUGUUGGUGCCAUUAUUGGCACCAAGGGUUCCCACAUCCGUAGCAUUAUGCGCUUUUCGAAUGCAUCCCUCAAAAUCGCUCCUCUCGAUGCCGACAAGCCGCUGGACCAACAAACGGAGCGCAAGGUGACGAUUGUUGGCACACCGGAGGGUCAGUGGAAGGCGCAGUAUAUGAUUUUCGAGAAGAUGCGCGAAGAGGGCUUUAUGUGCGGUACAGACGAUGUGCGUCUCACUGUCGAGUUACUGGUGGCCAGCUCUCAGGUGGGUCGCAUUAUUGGCAAGGGAGGCCAAAAUGUGCGCGAAUUGCAGCGGGUAACGGGCAGUGUGAUUAAGCUGCCGGAGCAUGCUUUGGCACCGCCUUCUGGCGGCGAUGAAGAGACACCGGUACACAUCAUCGGACCAUUCUACAGCGUACAGUCUGCACAGCGACGCAUCCGUGCCAUGAUGCUGUCGACAAAUCCGCCGCCAGUAACCAAAAAACAGAAAGCUGCCAAAGAACAAUUGCAACAACAGCAACAGAGCCUAGCGGGCGCCGCCACCAGUGGGGCCCAACAGCAGCAGCAGCAACAGUCGCCAUCAUCGCAACAGCAGCAGCCACUGCCGCCGCAAUUGCAUCAUCAGCCUGUGUCAUCGGCGUCGUCAUCGUCGACGCCGCCUGCACACCAUCAGCAGCAGGCGUCGACGGCAGCGACUUCGCAUCAGUUGCAACAGCAGCAACCAUCGCCGCCGCCUCCUGGCAAUGCAACUCCUGCCGCAGCCCAGCAGCAACAGCAGUUGGCGAGCUCACAGCAGUAAGCAGGAGAGGAGAUGAGAUGAGAGGAGGCACCGCCGCAGCAGCGACAGCGCCAACAAUAGCCAAGGCAGGGUUUUCUACGGUUGAUACUACCUCCGAACACACACAACACAACCACAAUUUACCAUCUAAACCAUCUAAAAAACCCCCCACAAAAAUCAACCACAAUUACAAUCCCCCCCCCAAUAUACCCCUCUAAACAAUUACAAAUAGACGCCACCUUUGUGCUGGCACAGGCGACGACAAAAGUAAGCCAGGCAAAAAGUACCUGGGAACAGCAGGAACAGGAGCAUUUAAGGGAACAGGAAGACCCCGUCAGCAAGCGCAGAAGCUGUACUAGGUCAUAGCAAAAGAAGAGCCACACAACACACACACAGCAGGAAUAACAACAACAAUAACAACAUCCUUCAUUUGCAUGCUAAGAAAUAAAGAGAAAACGUUAAAUUGAAAAAGCGCUAAAGCUAAAUCUAAAUUGUUCACCAAAAAGCCACCAACCACCACCAGCACCCAUAACAAAAACAAAAACAAAAACAACGCAGCUUUGUGUUGUUGUUCUCCACUUUUCCAUAUGCGCUCCCCUUCGCUAUUUGUUAUGUCAACUUUUGUGGCACCGCCCAAAUAGUUUUCUUUUACCCUCGAUUUCCCCCCACUAUCCCCGAUCCCUUGAGAUAAUCAGAAUUUUCAACAACAAGAACAACAACAGCAGCAGAAGCACAAAAUAACUAGAGAGAAAACCCCACGAAUGGAAAUGGAAAGAUAAAGAAGGAACCUUUAGAAGUGUAUGCGUUAUAUUUUUUUUUAAAUAUAUUUAAAUAUAUAAAACGUUUUAUUUUAAUUACUUUUUUUUAACAAAGAUUUAUUAAGAGCCUAUAUAUUUAAGUAGAACUUCGUGACGCAAAGUAAAGUGAAGAAGAAAGAGCAAGGAAUCAGGCAAAAGAAAAUAAGAAUCGUUUGUUUGGACCAAUUAUAACACGAACAACAAGAACAACAACAAAUUUUACACAAAUUCAAAAGCCAGAGGCACACACACACACAUCCCCAUCCACUGCAAAACAAUGACAGGAAAGCAAACAUGCUCUAGUUGGGAGUUAUAUCCUCGUAGUAGGACAGGUAAGACAGGAAAGUUCAGUUAUGUGCACAAUGUGCAGCAGUUGAUGCAACUGUUGGCCCAAAAACCAUUCGCUGUUAUACCAAGUAUAACACAGACCUCAAUCCCCCAGACCCAAAAUCCAAGCCUAAGCCACCAAAAAAAAAGAACUAUAUACUACACAACAAUCUAUGUAUACAAUAUCGUUAAGAGCUGAUUGAUUAGCGACUGACUAGGGAUGGAUAGGGAAUAAGGAUGUUGGCCAGCGAGAGCAAUGUUUACUGUAACUGUACAGAUGUAAAAUAGUUUUGUCGAUGCCUGGAAGAGUUGUUUUGUGUUGUGUAUUGAUAUACCCAGUUUAACUUCUUUUUGUCGCUAAGGGGGAAGCGUUACGAGAAUUGUUGAUUAUACUUAGUCCGAAGAAUCGGAAAAUUGCAUGAGAAGAGAGAGCGCAGACGCUACAACAGCCGAAGCGAAAGCGAGAGGAUAGUGUUAACGAAACUAUUGUAAUGUGUUUGCCUUGAAAUGAAAACAAAAGAAAAAAACAAAACAAAACCUAAAAACUAACUAGAAAUGAAAUGACGGUGCUGAAAUGUUAAUUUUUUUUAAAGGACGUUACGUUACGUUAAGUGUUACGUUAUAACGUUUGAGACGCGUAUGAGAGACAAGCUGUUAUACAUGGAUGGGACACUACAAAAAUACAUCAGCCAAUCUGAAAUUCGAAGAACCGAUAGACCCAGAUCAAAAUCCAAGCCCGUAAGAAAAUGCAUUUCCUAGGGGGAACGUAGAAUAUAGUAGAACCCAAUGACAGUAUGACAGUAUAACAGUAUGACCAAAACCCAACCCAAGUAACUGAAUCGGAGCAACAAACAAUCAAACUACAAUCUUAAAACCAAGCCAAAACAAGCAACAAUAGCAAUAGCCCGGUUUUGUGUUGUUUUGAAGCAUUUACUACGCCUAUUAAUUAAUUAAUAACUACCUAACUAACGAUCUUUUUUUGUAUGUAACGUAAAUAUAUAAAAGUGCUUACUAGAUAUUCCAUAGAAUUAAUGUUACGCAGUAGAUCCCUCCACAAUACUCCCCAGCGAUCCAACCCUUUUGUUUGUAUAACACUUGCAUCGGAGACAAACGGAAUGAACUGUUAUAUUCAGGCAUAUAAAUCAAGGAAAAAUCAACAUUUCGGCAAACAAAAAAAAAUCAUCAAGAAGCAAAAUUAAAAACUUUUAAGCGGCACAUUAUUUUGGAAGAAAUGACAUGAAAGAAAGAAAAAUCUACAUUUUUGGACGAAAGGAAAAACAUUUAGCCAGCAAGCAGCGUGUACAAGCUCUAGGGCAGCCCAAUUUUUUAAAAUAUCACACUUUCUUUGGUCUUUUUUUAAGAAGAAUCUAAAUAAAACCAGAAAAAGCAGAAGCAAACAAGUUGAAGAACUUUGAAGAAGAUUGAAAAAGUAAUUAAAAUACCUCAAUGUAAGUGCAUUAUCUUCUACAAAAAAAAACACAACUAAGAACUAAAAACUAAAACUAAAAAAAAAAACAAAAACAAAAACAAACAAAUGCAAACAAAAACUCAAAACCAAACUUACGAAGCGUAACAAUGAAUAAAAAUGCUAAACAAAAACAAAUAUCCUAAUGAAAACCCAUACUAAUAUUGAAAACCUAGUUGUAAGCAAACACAAAUAACAGAAAAAAUGAAAAACUAAUGAAUGCAACUAAGAAAACGAAGUAAACCCGAACAGAACCUGAGUUAAAAGUCAGCCAAACAAAGAAACAGACUAACUGGAAAAGUCAUAUCACCAGAUAACAGAAGAAUCGCGAUUGAGACGACGAGUCUUCUAAGUGUGGCGAAUCUUUUCCCAAAGGUUUCUCAGAGCCAAACAAAAAAAAAACACACAAAAACGAAAAAGAAACCCCCAAUCCGAACUCAAUCCAAAUUAAAAUCAAAUCAAUUAAACAAUCAAUCAAUCACUCACCCACCAAAGCCCUACGCGAAAUAGUUUUGGCUCGAACUCCCCACCCAGAGAUCAGAGAUAUAUAUCUACAUAUUUGUACCAUACCAACUGAAGAAUCAACUAGGGACUCAGCAGGGGGGAUGGAUGUAGGAUGUAGGAUGUAGGAGGCAGCAGGAGGAACCGAAGAGGAGGGAAUGGGAGGGGUGGAAGUGUAUAUAAGAAUGUUGCUAGGCAUUAACAUUUGAUCUAAAUGCGUGACAUUUUGUUUUGUUAUACUUGAGAAUCUAUAUAUGUAUAUCUAUAUAUAUAUGUAUACAAAUCUAAACAAUUUCGUCUCCUUUUUUUUAAAUAACAAUUAACGAAUACCAAUUCUUAUUAAUUAGUAUAUAUAUAAAUAUAUAUAUAUAUUUUUUUUUUGUAAUUUUCUACAUGGAAAAAUGUCCAAAGUUGUCAAUGCAAAGACCUAUAUACAUAUAUAUAGAUAUAUAUAGAUAUAUGUGGAUGAUCUAUGAUUAAAUACGAUAUUUAUAAAGAACGAACGGAACGGAUUGGAAUUUUUCUAAAAGAUUCCAAAACAUUGAAUGAAAGAACAAAGAAAUGAAAAUUAUUAUUCCAAAUGCUGAAUCAAAGAAAAGUCAGAUCGACGAGAGACGAGACGAGAUGAGUUAAUAAUUUAGCUAUAGCUCUGGUUUAUUUUGAUGGGGGUUAUUAAACAUCAUAAACAUAAUAUAACAAAAAUAUAAAGAAUGAAACAAACAAAAAAAAAACAAAAAACAACUGAAAACUUGUGAGUUAGCGUGCGCGUUGAAAACGAAGACAAAGAUAAGAAUAAAGAUAAUG